CGGUCAUGUGAUCAGCUGUGUCCAAUCACAGCUGAUCACAUGAGACAUGUACACUGAUCAUCAGGGCACUGAUGAUCAGUGUGCCCUGAUGAUCAGUGUGGCCCCAGAAGUGCCACGUGCCAGUGCCCAUCAGUGCCACGUAUCAGUGCAUACCAGUGCACAUUAAUGCCACAUAUCAGUGCCAAUCUGAGCUGCCUUUCAGUGUCACCCCUUCAGUGCCAGUCAGUGCCACCUAUCAAUGCCAAUCAGUGCCACCUAUCAGUGCCAGUCAGUGCCACCUAUCAGUGCUGCCAAUCAGUGCCAGUCAGUGCCACCUAACAGUGCCAGUCAGU